AUGAUUAAAGACCGGCUGAGCGCGCUGAAAGCGGCGCGGUCAGAAGAUGAGCCUGCCGACGAUGAUUUGGAAGGUUUGGAGGGAGUACAGGGGCAGUAUAUGGAGGAGUUUUUUGAACAGGUUGAAGAAAUCCGUGGUAGUGUAGAUCUGAUUGCUUCCAAUGUGGAAGAGGUGAAGAAAAAGCAUUCUGCCAUAUUAUCUAAUCCCGUGAAUGAUCCGAAAACCAAAGAAGAACUAGAUGAGUUGAUGGCCAACAUUAAGAAAACUGCUAACAAAGUGAGAGGGAAACUGAAACUGAUAGAAAACAGUAUCGAACAUGAUGAAGGGGGAGGGCUUUCUUCCGCAGACUUACGUAUUCGGAAAACACAACAUGCUAGUUUGUCGCGGAAGUUUGUUGAAGUUAUGACUGAUUACAAUAAAACGCAAACGGAUUAUCGUGAGCGAUGCAAAGGACGAAUCCAAAGGCAAUUGGAUAUUGCAGGGAAGAAGGUUGAUGAUGAGGACCUGGAAGAAAUGAUCGAAUCGGGAAACCCUGGUGUAUUUACUCAAGGCAUUAUCACAGACACGCAGCAGGCUAGACAAACCCUUGCAGAUAUUGAAGCUAGGCACAACGAUAUUAUGAAAUUGGAAUCAAGCAUAAGGGAGCUUCAUGACAUGUUUAUGGAUAUGGCAAUGCUUGUGGAAUCUCAGGGUGAAAUGGUUGACCGUAUAGAAUAUAACGUAGAACACGCGAAAGAAUUUGUUGAUCGUGCCGUUGCUGACACAAAAAAAGCUGUGCAAUAUCAGAGCAAAGCAAGACGGGUUAGCUCAAUUAGUCUUUAUUAUUUUUGUUCUUUUGAGUUACAAGGAGCGGUAAGAUAUCUUAUUGAAGAAUGA